UUAUGAGGUGUUUAGGUGCCAGUAUCAUGGUUUAGAUGCAUAUUAGCUUCUUCCCGCUCCCAGACAGAGGUGUAGAGAGCGAGUGUUUGAAUCCCUCCCUCCCACGAGCUUUGGGAAUACAUGAAUUGUAGUGAGUUCAGUCUGCGGCGUCAGGCCAGGCUGCGUCGUGAGUACCUAUAUCGCAAGAGUAUCCAGGACCGCCAUGCCGCCGCCCAGCAGAGGAAGGACAAGGUCAAGGCUGCCCUGCAAGAGGGCAAGGAGAUCCCCACGUCCCUGCAGGGUAAGGCGCUGAGCCUGAUGGCAGCAGGGGACUGGGAUGACCCCGGACCCCAGCUGGCUGUGGAGCUUGGCGGGGAGGCUGCCGGAGGACCCACCAACAUUGAUGACGAGUACCGCUGGGCCGGUGUUGAGGACCCCAAGGUUGUCAUCACCACCUCCAGGGACCCUUCAUCAAAGCUCAAGCAGUUUGCCAAGGAGAUGAAGUUGCUGUUCCCCAACUCACAGCGCAUCAACCGCGGCAACUAUGACAGCAAGCAGCUGAUGCAGGCGUGUCGCUCCAACGAGGUGACGGACUUCAUCGUGGUGCAUGAGACGAGAGGUAACCCAGACGCCCUGGUCAUCAGUCACCUGCCCAACGGCCCCACGGCUUUCUUCACGCUGGCUGAUGUUGUGAUGCGCCAUGACAUCCCCGGCCUGGGCACCAUGUCAGAGCAGUUUCCGCACCUCGUCUUCCACAACUUCAAGACGCCUCUCGGGGAACGGACCCGAAACAUCCUGAAGUACCUGUUCCCGGUGCCCAAGGAUACCAGCCAGCGCGUGGUGUCCUUCAUCAACUGGGACGACUGGGUGCUCUUCCGCCAACACACCUACAAGAAGGUCAACGAGGGGAAGGACAACGAGCUUCAGGAGAUUGGCCCGCGCUUCAGCAUGAAAUUGUACCGCAUCAUCAUGGGCACCCUGGACCAGGACGGCGCGGCGGAUGUGGAGUUUGUGCUGCGGCCGUACAUGAACACUGCAAGGAAGCGAAGGUACCUGUCGGAGGAGGACCCCUGGUGAUGCCCGGAUAGCUGGCUGGCUGGACCUCAGGCUGUGGCAGUUCAGGGCAGCACAGAGAUGAGUGGAAGAGGAUACAUGGUGAAUGGAGAUGGAUGGAUAACUAGCUGACCUAGUAACUGGUUGAGUGACUGAUUGAGUGAAUUGUUGGUUGACCGACUGACUUGUUGACUGGGUGAUUGGCUAGCUGACUGGGUUAUCUGGCAGGCUGUUUGAUUGACUAACUGACUGGCAUAUGAUCUGACUGUGGUGAUGAAAUGUGGUCCAUGAUAAUUCUAUGAGAAACCUAGUCAUUCUUUAGAGGCCCUACAGAUCUACACACUGCUGAUACUCUCAAUGUUACAACAGAUAAUAUGGUCAGCCAAUGUCUUCUGAACUAUAGUAAUGUUAUUGGGCCAUGGUAUCUGUUGGUUUCAUGGGACACAGCACAUAACACAGUGUUGUAUGGGCCAUGGGAGUGUUUCGUGGCAUAGCAUUGGGUGGACAUGUAAUCUAUGGUCCAUGUUAAUGUUCUCCGGGCCAUGGAAGUGUUUUGUGACAUAGCAUUAGGUGGACUUUUGUAAUCUGUGGUCCAUGUUAAUAUUUCCUGGGCCAUGGAAGUGUUUCUGGGUAGACUAUUAUGAUCUGUGGUCCAUGUUAAUGUUUCCAGAGUAUUUUAAUAAGACCCACAAUGACGCACACACCAUAGCAGUAUUGAGUGGUCCAGGUCUGUCUGUGUUGCAUGCUCCAUAGUAAUGUGUGGGCCGGGUGGAAUGCCAGAGCCAGGGGGAGUGGAUGAUAAUAGUUGCUAAGUGCCAGUUAUGGGAGGGAGGGUUGAGGAGGGGAGAAUGAGUCAGGCAAGGGAAGAGGAACCAUGUUUUUUAUAUAUCUGUUUAUAAGUUUACCUCAGUUAUUUGUUAUGUAUUUUUUUUAACUGGGUGAUAUCAAGACUUUUCAGGAUUAGUCGUACCAGAAAAUUUAUGAGAAAGCAUGUCUUGUAUAUGUGAAUUUAAAUGUCUAUAUACCGCUGUUGUUGGUUAUAUAUUUUUUGGAACUUUGGAACUUUGGGACUUUCCAGGAUUAGUCGCACCAGAAAUGAGAAAGUAUGUCUUGUAUGUCUAUGGAUUUAAACAUUUACAGCAGUUGUUGGUAAUAUAUUUUUUUGAACUGGGUGAUAUCAAGACUUCCAGGAUUAGUCGCACCAGAAAUGAAGAACCAUGUCUUGUAUAUCUAUGGAUUUAAACGUUUACUGAUGUUGUUGGUAAUAUAUUUUUUUGAACUGGGUGAUAUCAAGACUUCCAGGAUUAGUCGCACCAGAAAUGAGAAAGUAUGUCUUGUAUGUCUAUGGAUUUAAACGUUUACAGCAGUUGUUGGUUAUAUAUUUUUUGGAACAGGGUAAUAUGAGGACUUUAUACAGAUGUUGAUGGCAUGAUUAUACUUGUAAUACUACAGCUGGUACAAAAUUAGGAGCCAUGGAAGCUACAGUGAAAGAGAAUAAAGAAGUUUGUGAAUGUA